AUCAGGAUUCCGAAGUGAAACGUUACAUAAUUAUAGAACUCACAAAAAGACCUUAAAAAGUGGUUUAUGUUGCAUUCGAUAGAGAAAAAGCGAGGAACCAUGCAUUACGGGAUUUUAUAAGCUGAUUUCAGUGUACUGCUAUCAAACGAGAGCACAGCACGCUAAAAGCAGAAAAAUGUGUAGGAAAUGUUAUUAUUGACUUAUCAAUUUUGAAAGUAUCCCAAACUUUUCAUAUUGCGUGGCUCUUUAAAAGAAUGCUUUAAGUUUGCAUUUAAACAAAUUUGUUGACUUGACUUGGAACUCGUUUAAUUUUUAGUGAAUCUGUCUAGCAUGUUGACAAGUGGGUCAUAGAUCGAAUUACCUUGGAACUCACUAUACAUACGAUGGUACAAGGAGCAUUGACGGAAAUCUACUAAAGACAUUUGCUUGGUAAGUAAAAAGUGGGCCAUAGAUCGAAUUACCUUGGAACUCACUAUACAUACGAUGGUACAAGGAGCAUUGACGGAAAUCUACUAAAGACAUUUGCUUGAUUGUGACGUGGUUUCUUUCAUAUCAUUAUGGAGGUCAUUCACUCAAACUUGACCAACAACGUUUCCCCGGAGGAUGCCCAAGACAUUGGUGAGAUCUUGGUAUCGUUCCUUGCGUCGGCCCGAGUAUAUAUCAUCAACGCAGGCAUUUUCGUCGCGCUCUUCGGCAUGGGUUGCGUCAUCUCGAUCAAAUACGUCUCAGACAAGAAAGCGCAUCUUUCCAAGAGCAUCAUCAUUGGACUCGCCUUCCUGUCCCUAUUCCAACCCGUCAUCGGCUACGGCCUCGCGCUUCUCCUCGACAUGUCUGCCAACGAGGCUUUGGCUAUGAUCAUGUUGGCUUGCUCCCCGGUGUCGCCUUUGUGUGCCAUCCUCGUCUACUACGGCGACGGCGUCAUCAUUGUGGGGAUGUGUAUGGCCAUGUUCUCUACCGCCCUCUCCGUCGGACUCAUCCCGUUGUGGUUUUCCUUCUAUGCCAGUAACUGGACACAUGAGUAUUUCGUCAUCCCCACACCACUUGACCUCGCCUUGGCCGAGCUGUUGUUAGUCGUACCUACUAUCCUGGGUGUGCUGUACCAGAAGAAGUACGGAAAAGUCAAGGGAAGGCUGAUGGCAAAGAUCUGCAGCAAUGCCUUCUGGAUUGCCGCCGUCACCACCCCUGUCCUAAAUGGCAUCACCAACCCCGAAUAUUACAUGGUGGACUGGCAAAUCUGGGUUGGCACCGUAUCCUUACCACCGAUCGGCUUUGUAUGCGGGAUCGUAAUUGCUCUCAUCGCCAGCCUCCCGUUCAAUGUCUGCUGCGCGGUCUCGCUCGCCGUCGGUAUGCCGAAUGUCUACUUCGCCAGCCAGCUCUCGGAGAGGUACCUCUCAGAGAACGAAGAGACCCUGAAAGACGUGCGUGGUAUCUUGACUAUAUUCAGCCUCGUGACGCCUCUGGAAGGCUUCGUUUGGGCGAUCAUGUAUCGUUACAUCGAGGGGAUGUUCCUGAAAAUCUCGCACAAGUGCUGCAGCUGUUCUGACGACGAUCCCGAUCAUGGCCGGGACAACAGAAGAUUGUUAAUGGACGCAGAGGAACCUGCGGCCCGUUUCUCGAAACCGUCACGAGUCUCAUUUCUUGACUGUUAAUUUAGGCGUUAGGCUACUUGUCCGCUAUACGUGUUUCAGGAAGCCCUCUUCGUCAAGAUCAAAGACGAUUACAUCCUGACUAAGGGCGUGUUUAUGCUUCACUUUUUCUGGCCAGAAUCAGGCAUCUGUUACGCGUUUAGUUUAAAACACCGUUGCGUCCAUGCUCACUUUUG